UGUUGUGUCGAAGGGAACCAGGACCUCUCUUCAGCUAGAAAGAAGGGUGAGACGUGUCCUGUGAAUUGAGGGGGUUUGUGCUCUGUGUGCCGCCUUUGCUAUGCCGGGUCCCAAUCCUAGCGCCACCAGCGUGGGUGCCUCUAGUCGCUCCCCUAGCAAAGCAGUAGCCCCGCGUGCCACAGGAUCCACAGUACGACAGAGGAAAAAUGCGAGUUGUGGAACAAGGAGUGCAGGUCGUUCAACUUCUGCAGGUACUGGAGGGAUGUGGAGAUUUUACACAGAGGAUUCCCCUGGUCUCAAAGUCGGCCCUGUUCCAGUUCUCGUUAUGAGUCUUCUUUUUAUCGCAUCUGUAUUUAUGUUGCACAUCUGGGGCAAAUACACACGCUCAUAGACUUUAUGUCCUAUCUGCCAACUUUAAAAUUACAUUUUGGACCAAAUGAACAUACCCAUCAGAUUUUACUUAAAGAAAAAUGAAUGGGGUAUUCUAGAUGGAGCUGUUGCAGGAGAUUUAUUUCUCUGCUUUUAAACUCUUUGCUAAAUAGGAUUUUUGAUUCUUUUCUGUUGAAGAUCCUGUUUGCAUCUGUACACUUAAAUUGCAUUAAAUAUCAUUAAAAUAUGACCAAAUGAAA